GCUCUUCCUGAUGCGGAAUAAGUUCUUUUCAGCUUCAGGCCAUCGGAAAGUUAAGAAGUUUUACAACGCCAUGGAGGAUGAAGACUAUUAAAUGUAUCUAGUGCUGAAGUGAGUAAUAUUUACACCAUGGCCUUUCUGAGUAAUUAUGAAAGUAAUUUUUUUUAGUGAUCAUGAACCAUUUGAACUUCCAAUGACUAAAAAAACCUUGUUCGAUUCUUAAGAGAAAAUUCCCAUGGUUCGAUUCAGUUUCAGUUCCCAUGUCCGAAGACGAACAAGUUCUCUGUUUCUCUCUGUUCUACUCGAUAAGUUUUCAACUUUGAUUCCCAGGAACAGUGUUCUCAAAGAUGAACAGGAGUAGCAACUCCGAAGGUGCUAAAGCAGAGCAGAUCAUAUUCGAGUUCUUCGCCAAAACCCUCGACAUCAUCCUCGAAUCAAGGACUCCUUUCAUGUCUUCAAGAAACUUCAGUAGUAGCGGCGAGCAGAUGAUCUCCUCACCUUCCUCAUCUUCUUCGUCUUCCUCCAGCGUCAGGCCUCGUGACAAAUGGUUCAACCUAGCUCUCAGGGAGUGUCCUGCAGCGUUAGAGAGCUUCGACAUCGGCCGCAGAAGCACGCUAGAGCCUCUGGUUGUUGAUGUGGUUCUUGUCGCAAGACCAUUUGAUCAGAUGAAUUCUCCAGGUGGGAGAGAGCUUAUCAGGAACUUCUCCGGGAAAGAGUAUCACUCUGAUCAAGAUGAUCGUGAAACCAAGAACAAGCAGAUCAUUGAGAGAUGGGUUGUGCAGUAUGAUAACAGGAAGGUUAGAGAAAGGAGGUCAAGUAGUAAUAAUAAUAAUAAUAAUAAGUUGCAAGUGAUGUAUAAGAAAGCAACUUUGCUUCUGAGAUCACUCUUUGUGAUGGUUAGGCUUUUACCAGCUUACAAGAUCUUCAGAGAACUCAACUCAUCUGGACAGAUCUUCAAGUUCAAGCUUGUCCCUAAGGUUCCAACCAUAGUUGAGCCAUUUACUCGUAGAGAAGAGGGAGAGAUGCAGAAGUUCGCUUUCACACCUGUUGAUACCAUCUGCGGUAGGCUUUGCAUGUCUGUGUUGUAUCGAUCUCUCUCGGAUGUCAGUUGCAGCCAGCACUCAGCUCCUGUGUCUCCGACCUUUAUUACUGAUUACGUUGGAAGUCCUUUAGCUGAUCCUUUGAAAAGCUUCCCUUCUUUGCCUCUUUCUUAUGGCUCGCCGCCGUUGAUGUCGUUUCAGAGGCGACAUAGUUGGAGUUUUGAUAGGUACAAGGCCUCUCCACCUUCGGUUUCUUGCUCACCGUCGCCUACACGGUCUGAUUCACAAGCGUUGGUUACUAAUCAUUGUUCUCGUCGCCUUCCUCCUCAUCCUUGUGAUAUAACUACUGGUCGUAGGAAGGAAAGCUAUGCUGAAGAGUGUUUGCAAAAUUUUUCUCCUCCUUGUUCUCCUUCAGCACCUACACAAGCCGUCCCAAGAAGCAUCACGCGUACUGAAAGUGCUCCAGUUAGGAUUCCACCUCCUAGUUUUGAGGCUAAACAGAACGUGGUGGUGCCACCUUCUUCUCAUUUGAAACUGUCGAGACACACUUCUCUGAGGCCUGUGAGAAACACUGGUCCUGUUGAAUCUGGGGUGAGGCUAUCUUCAAACAGCUCACCGAGGAUAUCAUUUUCUAAAAGUUCAAGUAGAUCAUACCAAGAUGAUUUUGAUGAUAUUGACUUCCCUUGUCCAUUUGAUGUUGAGUAUGAUGAGAUUACAGAUCCUAGUAGUAGCAGACCAGGCUCCUUUGAACAGAGAGGAGAUGCACAUGAAGCACCACCACCACCACCAUUUGAGUCGAGCGGUUCAUACCCAAAGAAGUCACAAGAUGCUGCAGUUGGUGCACUUGUGAAUAUGCUGAAGAAAGCUCCACCUCUCAGACAAGACGUCUCUGAAACUUCCAUACCUGAACUUUGUUGGAACAACAACAAGAACAAACCUGGAGGGGGUCAGGAGAUAGCAACAGCGUCUAUGACAGCGUCAGGGAUAGCUCUGGCGGCAAAGACAACAGCCGAUGCCUUGGAAGAGCUGAGGUCUUACAAAGAAAUGAAGAAUGUGUUGCUUAGCCAAUCCACAAAUGCUUCGUCCUCACCCUUUGCUGUUUCAGAAUCUUGAUCCCUUUUUUUUUUAUUAGUUUGGGUAUUGGUUUUUGGUUUGGUUUUGAUUUUGAUUUUACAUAAAUGUAUGUACUAAGACCAACAUUAUCGGUGGUGGUGGGAGAGUCCUUAAGCGUGGGCCCCACCACUUUUUCUCAAUGUGCCAUAAUGUUCCAUUUUAAGGAACUUUUGCA